GUGAGGGGUGCGUCCAUUUCAGAGAGUCAUCUCACACCAUGAGGUUGUGUAUGUUUGUCGUGGUCUGCCUCCACGCCAUGGCGCGGGGACAGAAUAUCACCGAUGUAGCUCAGGCAGAAGCAUUUCUUGAGGAUUACAACAUCAAAGUGUCAGAAUCUCUGAAUGCUAGGGUCAAAGCGUCUUGGACAUAUAAUACCAACUUGACAGACGAAAACGCGGACAAAAUGAUAGAGGAAAAUCUCCGACAUGCAGCGUUCGCGAAGGAAGCUGCAAAGAACGCCUCGCUAUAUGCCUGGCAGGAUUUCGAAGACCCGAUGAGAAGGGAAUUCUUCAAGAUCACAGACAUUGGCACAGCGGCAAUGGCGGACCAAACCAAACUUGAGAGGCUGAACACCGUGUUAUCGGAGCUGCAGAAGUUGUACAGCACGGGGAAGGGCUGUGUGACCUCGGACAGAUGUCUGCCGCUCGAUCCAGACCUGACUAACAUCCUCGCCAAUUCCCGCGAUAUAAAGGAGCUAGAGGGGGCGUGGAAGGGUUGGAGGGAUGCCACUGGCAAGAAAAUGAGGACGCUCUUCACUGAGUAUGUCAACCUGCACAACGAAGCUAUACAAGAAAGUGGUUACAGCGACACGGGAGAGUACUGGCGCUCUAUGUAUGAGUCGCAGGAUUUCCGUACUGAUGUUGCGGCGCUGUUUGAGCAGUUGCAGCCGCUGUACCAACAGAUGCACGCGUACACACGCACUAAACUCAUCGAGAAGUACGGCAAGGACAACUUCCCAUCCACCGGCCACAUCCCCGCACAUCUUCUCGGUAAUAUGUGGGCUCAGCAAUGGAACAACUUGUACUCCGAUUUGGUGCCAAUAAAAGGCAAACCAAGUGUUGACAUCACCGAGGAACUGAAAAGACAGAACUUCACGGCUGUGAAAAUGUUCGAAGUCUCCGAUGCAUUCUUCACCUCAAUGGGAAUGAAAGAGAUGCCACAGUCGUUCUGGGAGAACUCCAUGCUUGAGAAACCCACUGACGGGAGGGACGUGGUCUGCCACGCCUCGGCCUGGGACUUCUACGACACAGAAGACUUCAGAAUAAAACAAUGUACGGAGCCCACUCAUAGCCAGAUGGUUACUGUGCAUCAUGAGAUGGGUCACGUGGAGUACUAUCUCCAGUACAAGCACCAGCCUGUCCUCUUCAGAAGGGGCGCUAACCCCGGUUUCCAUGAAGGAAUAGCCGAUGUGGCAUCUCUGUCCUUCCAGACACCUAAACACCUCCACGCCAUUGGCUUUCUCCCCACCUUGGAAGAGGAUGAUGAAACUGACAUCAACUUCCUGUUCAACAUGGCGCUGCAGAAGAUCGCCUUCCUUCCGUUCGGCUACCUGAUUGACCAGUGGAGAUGGGAUGUCUUCAGUGGCGCCACGAAACCAGAAGAAUACAACGCCAAAUGGUGGGAUUUAAGAUGCAGUCUGCAGGGAGUUUCACCACCCGUGAAGAGAACUGAAGAAGACUUUGACCCAGGAGCAAAGUACCACAUACCAGGCAACGUGGCAUAUAUUCGAUACUUUGUGAGUUUCGUCAUCCAGUUCCAGUUUCACAAGGUCUUGUGUGAGGAAGCCGGGCAUACGGGGCCUCUACACAAGUGUGACAUCUACAACUCUACAGAAGCCGGAGACUUAUUCAGUGGCAUGUUGGGGCUGGGAUCCUCCAAGCCAUGGCCAGAGGCUAUGCAGAACAUCACAGGCCAGAACAAGAUGGACGCCCAGCCUCUGAUUGAUUACUUCCAGCCUCUCCUUGAUUGGCUCAAAAUCCAGAAUGCCGGAGUCAACGUGGAAUGGAGUGUCACUUGUCCGGAGUUUGUUGACGCUAAGGCAUCUGCCACUUCAAUUCAUUUAUCUGGAUUCGUGUGCUUGUUUCUCUUGGUUGUAGCUGGGUGGCUGAACCGUCGAGGUGAAUGGUUUCUGCUUCUAUCAAUACCCGCUCAGUCUACCUGCGACCGUACACUCGGAGACAUGCGUACACACCUCUGUCUUGCGCUAUUUAGCGCCGUCACGGUGUUGUUGACCAGUGGUCAACUGAUCACUGACCUGGAUCAGGCAAGGCAGUUCUUGGACGAGCAGGAUGCCGAGAGUGCCCGCGUGUAUUACAAGUCAUCGGUCACGGCAUGGGACUAUUACACGAACAUCACAGACGAGAACUUAGAUGCAUUGGUCGAGUCCGAUCUGAUGGUGGCAGAGUUCACAAAGGAAAGUGGGAGGAACGCUUCCAUGUUUGACUGGAAGAACUUUCAGGAUGAAACCAUGCGGAGACGAUUUUCAAUAUUGGCCGACAUCGGCACAGCUGCUAUGCCUGACAAGACGAAGCUGAAACGGCUGAACAACGUGCUGUAUGAGAUGGAGGAGAUCUACAACACGGGCAAGGUGUGCGUGAAGGACGAUGAGUGCCUCGACUUUGAACCGGGCUUGAGGCGUAUUAUGUCGUCAUCCCGUAACUACGAGGAGUUAACCAAGGUUUGGAAAGGAUGGCGAGACCAGACAGGGAAGAAGAUGAAGAACCUUUUUGCCGAAUUCGUUUCCCUCAGCAACGAGGCCAUCAGAGCAAAUGGCUAUGCAGACACUGGUGCCUGGUGGAGAUCGUCGUAUGAGACCGAGACCUUCAGGCAGGACAUGGAACAGUUGUUCCUGCAGCUGGAGCCGCUCUACAUACAGCUGCAUGCCUACACCAGGAGGAAGCUGAUGGAGGUGUAUGGAGAGAGCGUCUUUCCCUCGGGGGGACAUAUUCCAGCGCACUUGCUUGGCAACAUGUGGGCGCAGAGUUGGGGCAAUCUACUCAACAUUCUCCAGCCUUACAAAGACAAGCAGAGCGUGGAUGUCACCCCUCAGAUGAAGGCACAGGGCUACACUCCACGCAGGAUGUUCGAGACAUCCGAGGAGUUCUUCACGUCGCUUGGUUUGGAGCCAAUGUCACAACUAUUCUGGAAGAAUUCAAUGAUAGAGAAACCCAAAGAUGGCCGUUCGGUCGACUGCCAAGCAUCUGCCUGGGACUUCAGCAAUGGCAGUGAUUUCCGAAUACAGCAGUGUACGGACAUCACCAUGCAGGACCUGAUCACCAUUCACCAUGAGAUGGGGCACAUCCAGUACUACCAGCAGUACAUGCACCAGCCUGUCGUCUUCAGAGAAGGAGCUAACCCCGGCUUCCACGAGGCUAUAGGAGACGUGCUAGCUCUGUCUGUGUCCACGCCCAAACACCUCCAGAAGCUUGGUCUCCUGACAGAAGUAGAGGAAGAUGCAGAGAGCGACAUCAACUACAUGUUGAGCAUAGCCCUUGAACAGAUCGCCUUCCUGCCGUUCGGCUAUCUGAUGGAUCAGUGGCGAUGGAGUGUGUUCAGUGGGGAGACGCCACAGCGACUGUACAAUACCAAGUGGUGGGCCCUCAGAUGCCGAUAUCAAGGUAUUUCUCCACCAGUAGAAAGGUCCGAGGACGAUUUUGACCCUGGUGCCAAGUACCACAUCCCCGCUAAUGUACCAUACAUCAGAUACUUCGUGAGUUUCGUACUCCAGUUCCAGUUCCACCAGGCGCUGUGCCAGGCAGCCAAUCAGACCGGGCCGCUGCACAAGUGCGACAUCUACCAGUCAAAGGAAGCUGGCAAUCUCCUUAGUCGAGUUUUAGAGCUUGGUCAAUCGCGACCGUGGCCGGAAGCCAUGGAGAUACUUACUGGACAAAGGAAGAUGGACGCCAGACCGCUCAUAGAGUACUUCCAGCCGCUCAUUGAUUGGCUGAAGGAUCAGAAUAAAGGUUACAAGACAGGUUGGGACCACAAGUGCCCGGAUUCCAUCCCGAAAACUGCCUCUGCAACCACAACCAGAGUCACAUACGGUCUUCUGUUAGUUACCAUAGUGACUGCUGUCCUGAGUUACAUGUGAAACUUAUAAGCAUGUCCCGUUUAUUCUUUCGAGUUUCUUUGAGAUCAACCUGCCGUAGUUUUAUUGCUGACUCAACAAAAAGAAUAUAUUCUCUGAAUCUAAGUCGACCCCCACUUUAUUUCGAAAACAAUCUAUUGAGAGAACCACUGGGUAAUCUAGUAUAACUGAAGAAAAAAUUGAAAGUGAUGUAAAACUCAAACAAUGUUCCCUGUGAGUUAUAUUUGAUAUUAUAGAAGCGCACGCAUUUGUAUAAUAUAGCAAUUUUGUAAAGUGAAACAAUUGUGUUAUUAUUCUUGACGUUGAACAAAGGCUAUGAUAUAUUCCUACACAACCCUAUACACACACAGCUAAUGUGUCUACCCAUACGCAGUUGUAUAUCUACAAGGUAAAACAAAUAAUCACAUUCACAGUUAUUUCAAUAUUUGGCAAAUAUAAAGACACACAACACAGGGCCCCAUAACCUGAAAAUAAAAUUUCUAUUUUG